AGCGAGCCAACAUUUUGAAAGAGGUACAGAUCAUGCGGAACCUCGACCAUCCGAAUGUCGUCAAGCUUUUGGAAUUUUUGGAAUCGAGAGACUACUAUUACCUUGUGCUUGAGCUGUGCUCAGGUGGCGAGCUGUUCCACCAGAUUGUCAGACUGACCUACUUCUCGGAAGAUUUGGCACGUCACGUUAUCACUCAGGUGGCCGAGUCAAUUCACUACCUGCAUGAGGUCAAGGGUGUGGUACAUCGAGACAUCAAGCCAGAAAACUUGCUUUUUGAGCCGAUUGAUUUUGUGCCAUCCAAGAACCCUGUUGUUCGUUCAGGUGAAGACGAAGAAAAGGAAGACGAGGGUGAGUUCUUGCCCGGAGUAGGUGCCGGUGGCAUUGGUGUCAUCAAGAUUGCCGACUUUGGACUUUCAAAGGUUGUCUGGGACGCACAAACCAUGACACCGUGUGGUACUGUUGGCUACACUGCUCCAGAAAUUGUCAAGGACGAGCGGUAUUCCAAAUCUGUUGACAUGUGGGCGCUUGGCUGCGUGCUGUAUACGCUGCUCUGUGGCUUCCCGCCCUUCUAUGACGAGUCCAUCCAAGUGCUCACAGAAAAGGUGGCUCGUGGACAGUACACAUUCUUGUCUCCAUGGUGGGACGAUAUUUCCAAGAGUGCUCAAGAUCUCAUCUCGCACUUGUUGACCGUCGACCCGGAUCAGCGCUACACGAUUGACGAGUUUCUUCAGCACCCGUGGAUCAAGGAGACACAAGAACCCACUGCACCGGCAACGGAUGCGCCACCCACGGGCUUGGAUGCACAAACACCCACAACGCAACAUAUGGAUCAAUUACCGUUGCAAACACCCGGCGGCCGAUACAACAUCCCAGAGACACCCGGUGGCACACGCCGCGACUUUAGGUCUCCCGGUCUGGUUGCCCUGCGUGAAGUGUUUGAUGUCACGUAUGCUGUUCACCGGCAAGAGGAGGAAGGUGCACGCAGGAAUAAUGCAAAACACGCCAAUUACCGGCUUGCCAACCUCAAUGCCAUGGACGAAGACGAAGAGGACGAGUAUAUGGCGAACGAGACAGAUCAGCAGGCGUCAGACAGCAAUGGCCUUCAUGGUCGUCGUGGCAUCUCCAAUGUCGAGGGCGUGACGGAUAAACUCCAAAACACGUCCUUGGCUGGUGAAAAGAAGCGGCGUGUCGCAGAAAUUCCAGCAGCAAGGCAACCGCAAUCCAGGAAGAAGGGCUUCGAGCUCAACAUGGACAAUGCGACCUUGCUUGGCCGUAGAAAGGCGCCGGCGCACUAAUUCAGAAGGUCGUCCGCGCGUUCAUACAAUUAGUGUCACUCAUUUUUGCACAGUUGCUCCACACAGAAAUGGUUAUAUUAUGGUACACGGAUAGCGAUCCACUGAGUUCCUAUGCUUUAGCACCUUCAUCGUCGCUCUCAUCGAAUUCGUCGUCCCGCUGCGCCUUGCCAUUGGCCUUUCUCGCAUUAGGGUCCUUGUCAUCUUCAUCCGCAUCCGAGUCGUAGUCGACAUCACGCGGCACAUCUUGCAUCUGUACACUUGGUGCAAACGCCGUAUGUCUCAGAUUCUCCUUGACCUGCGUCAGUAUCUUAUCGAGGUAUUCGCGCGAGUUCAUAUUCUCCAUAUUGUUUGGCCGCACGUCAAGCUUGUAGUCUG